AUGGGCUACACAGCCAAAGCGACGAUUCCUCUUAUCCCGCUAGCAAAGGAUUCGGUCCUUCUGCCCGGCGUCACUCUCCGCAUCUCAGUAUCCAACCGUGCCGACAUUCCCCUGCUCCUGUCAUCGGCCUUUCAACGUGCCACGAAGUCGAGAUCUGGUUCGGCCCAACUGCCCGUCGGCUGCGUUCCCGUGAACUCGCCCUUGCUGAGCCCCGACGGCAAAGAACUGCUCGACAGCGCUGCCAAAGAGAGUAGCCGGGAUCAUGACUAUGCCGACAUAGAUCCGGGCAAGGCUCGAAAGAAGGAUUUAUAUGGAUACGGCACGCUGGCGAAGAUUGUCAGCGUCCAGGGGAGCCCUAAUGCAGAUCCAUAUCUGCUUGUGGAAGGAAUCCAGAGAUUCAAGAUCGACAAGAUUAAGCAUGAAAGACCAUAUUUUGAAGCCGAUGUCACAUUUUACGAGGAUGAAGUCCCCGACCUUAAUGACGGGGACCUCCGGGCCAGCUUCACUCGACUGAAGCAACGGUCUCGUGAGCUUCUGACACUGCUAAGGCUGUCAUCUCUCUUCCGACCCGCAUCCAUGGCGCUGUCGCCUUUAAUUGUCCGUCGCUUCGAGUUGUUCAUUGCGAAGAAAGACCUCACUCAAGCUGGCCAAUUGGCCGAUUUCAUGACGGAUAUUGUCGAAGCGAGUUUUGAGGAGAAGCUUCGGAUCCUGAGCACACUAGAUUUACAUGAAAGACUCGAGCGCGUCCUUGCCUUGCUUAACAAGCAGAUCUCGGGUAUCAACGGAAACAUUAAAGUCACCACAAUAACCUCAACAACCUUGCCACCUAAUAUCGGCGUUGACAUCUCCGACUUGAAUCAAAAGCAACGCGAAGCUCUAGCGAGGCGAGCAAUGUCUGGUCUGAAUGGCAUGACACCUCCCGGGAUGCCUGGCGUCAACAGGGGUGGUGAUGACGACGAAGACAACGAAGUUAACGAAGUCGAAGAGCUCAAGAAGAAGGUGGCAGAGGCCGGUCUGUCGCCCGAGGCUCAAAAGGUUGCGGAGCGCGAACUCAGACGACUGAAGAAGAUGAACCCGGCCAACGCUGAGUAUGGUGUGAUCCGUACAUAUGUCGAAAAUUUGGUCGAGAUCCCAUGGACUAAGGUCACUGAUGAUCAGCUUGGCGCCGAUACUUUGAAACGAGCGCGCAAACAACUUGAUGACGAUCAUUAUGGACUGGAGAAGAUCAAAAAGAGGUUGCUCGAAUACCUCGCAGUGUUGAAAUUGAAACAGUCCGUUAAUGCCGAUGUCGAUCAACAAAUCGCCCGUCUCACGAAGCAGCUUGCCCCGAGUCAAGAAGGGGAGGGCAGGGAGGUCGAGCAAAUCCCUGACAACGAGAGAGAUGCAGCCACUGCUAAGCUCCAUGUUCUCAAGUCGAAGCGGAUGGUGGACAAGUCUCCAAUUCUCUUGUUAGUUGGGCCACCCGGCACGGGCAAGACCUCUCUCGCAAAAUCCAUUGCACUCUCGCUUGGCCGAAAGUUCCACCGCAUCUCUUUGGGUGGUGUCAGAGACGAAGCAGAAAUUAGGGGUCAUCGGCGGACAUACGUUGCUGCUAUGCCAGGUCUGAUUGUCAGUGGCCUAAAAAAGGUCGGCGUAGCCAAUCCAGUCUUCCUGCUUGACGAGAUCGAUAAAGUGAGCUCGAACAAUUUCCAUGGUGACCCUUCAGCUGCGAUGCUUGAGGUUCUUGACCCAGAGCAGAAUCACAGUUUCAAUGAUCACUACAUCAACAUCCCUAUCGACCUAAGCAAAGUCCUCUUCAUCGCCACGGCCAACUCUUUAGAUACCAUUCCGCCGCCGCUGCUCGACCGAAUGGAAACGAUUCGUCUGGCUGGCUACACAACAGUUGAGAAGCGCCACAUCGCCAAACAACAUCUCAUACCGAAACAAAUUCGCACUAAUGGUCUCGCUGAAGGACAAGUGAUAAUUCCUGACGACGUCGUCGACACCAUAAUCACAGCUUACACUCGCGAAUCUGGAGUCCGCAACCUCGAGCGUGAGAUUGGAAGUGUGUGUCGCUACAAAGCAGUGCAGUACGCCGAUGCCCGUGACGCAAACGAUACAUCGAAAUAUAACCCCGUCGUACGCGUCGAAGAACUUGAAGACAUCCUCGGUAUAGAACGCUUCGAAGAAGAAAUCGCCGAGAAACAAUCUCGCCCCGGUGUUGUCACGGGAUUGGUUGCUUAUUCGUCUGGUGGGCAAGGAAGCAUUCUUUUCAUAGAAGUGGCCGACAUGCCUGGGAAGGGCCGUGUGCAACUCACAGGAAAAUUGGGAGAUGUGCUCAAAGAAUCCGUCGAGGUCGCACUUAGCUGGGUGAAAGCUCAUAGCUACGACCUGGGCCUGACGCACGAUCGAGACGAAGACAUCAUGGAGAAACGUGCCAUCCACGUCCACUGUCCCGCUGGUGCGGUCCCGAAGGAUGGACCAAGUGCCGGACUGGCGCAUACUGUCGCGCUCAUUUCGCUAUUCUCCGGAAAGACUGUCCCACCGACAAUCGCCAUGACGGGCGAAGUGAGCCUGAGAGGACGAGUCAUGCCUGUUGGAGGCAUUAAAGAGAAACUGAUCGGCGCCCACCGCGCAGGCGUCAAGACAGUCUUGCUACCGAACGGGAACAAGAAGGAUGUGAAGGACGUCCCGGAGGAGGUGAAGAAGGACUUGAAGAUUAUACAUGUCAAGUAA